AUGAGUCUUCUACUCGACAAGUAUGGAAGUGAGGUUCAGAUUACUGAAGAAGUUGUUGAGGCUGCAGUACAAAACUCUACCGCUGCUGCAGACGUGAUGGGUAUACUGAUUGAUGAGCGUGGAGAUGACAUUCGGAUCACAGAGAAAAUUGUCGAGAUGGCAGUCCUAAACGAGUGGAGCGGCGCGGAAGUGAUGGACCUCCUUCUUGACAGGCGUGGAGACGAAGUCCGGAACACCGAAGAGAAUGUUCAGCUGGCAAUGAUGAACUCGCGUUCCGGCGCUGGAGUGAUUAUGUCACUUUUGAAACGGCGAGGUCAUGACGUUCACAUCACGGAACAAGUUCUCAUAUUUGCAGCUGCACAUGGAAGCUGGACUCGGCGCCUACGUUACGGAUUGCUGGACCUCAUUCUCGAUCACCGGAUGAAGGAAGCUGAACCUACUGAAGAUGUCGCCUAUGCAGCGGCUGGUAACCACUACAACGGUGUGCAUCAGAUAUCAUUGCUUCUUGAAAGGUUCGGCGAUGCAGUCCCGAUCACGGAAAGGGUCCUCGAGGCCUCGGUUUGGAACCAUAACUGUGGUAAUCAGGUGACGGCAUUGCUUCUCAAUAGACGCGGAGACAACAUUCAGAUCACCGAAAGGGUUGUCAAUGUUGCAGUGCAAAACGAGGACUGCGGCGACAGAGUGAUGGCAGUGCUUUUUCAGGGGCAGGGAGACAACAUUCCGAUUACUGAGCAAGUCCUCAUAUCAGCAGCUCAGAACCAGAAGUGCGGGAACAGAAUCCUAGAGAUACUCUUCGAUAGGUGCGGAGACGACAUCCCGAUCACCAACGACAUCGUCCACAGCGCGGCUUCCAACCGUGGCUGCGGCGACAAAACGAUGACGGUGCUUCUCGAGAGACGUAGGGAUAUCAAGAUCACCAAAAACGUACUCAAGGCUACGAUUUGGAAUCCGGGUUGCGGCGACAAAGUAGUGGCGGCAAUACUUGACAACCGCGGAGACAUCAAUUUCCAGGACGGCGAGUACGACGACGAUCUUCAAACAGCUUCACUCUAUGGCCACCAAGUCAUCGUCCAGAUGCUCCUGGGGAAGAAAAUAGACGUCAACGCCCAGGGCGGUUGGCUUGGAAACGCUCUGCAGGCCGCCUCAUGCCAAGGCCACACGAAAAUAGUCCAAAUGCUCCUUGACAACAAUGCAGCUGUCAACGCCCAAGGGGGGGAGUACAACACCGCUCUCCAGGCUGCUUCGUACGGGGGCUACGUUGGGAUUGUCCAGACACUUCUUAACAACAACGCAGAUGUCAACGCCCAGGGCGGUUCGUCUGGAAACGCUCUGCAAGCUGCUUCAUUCCAAGGUCACACAAAGAUUGUCCAGAUGCUCCUUGACAACAACGCAGACGUCAACGCCCCAGGUGGCUUUUACGGCGGUUCCCUCUAA